AUGCCGCGAGUCCCAGUGUCGAGAUUCUUUCGGGCGGUCCCCACUACGACCAGGCUCGGUCUCAGCUUGAAUCCUACAAAUAAUGCCUCGUGGUUCGUGCGUCUGACCCGUCAGAAUCGUCUUCGAUUGUACUCUGCUGAAGCUGCCUCCUCUCCCGUUUCACCGGAGCUCCCUAAGCCUCGGUCCCGCUUUCGUCGCUUCGUGGGAUUCACUUCCAUCGCAGUCCUUGCAUUCUCCGCCGGGUUAGCCUACCAGACUCAGAAAACUGUGUCGCGCAUGAUGACGCUUACAAUGCCCACCGACGAGGAAACCCUCACUUCGUUCAUCCCUCCCGAUGCGAUUUCCCAGGAAGUGGAAGACUUCAUCCGCGACCAUCCGCUCGCCGUGUCGCUGCGGGAGAACCCGGCGUUCACCGAAUCGCGCCCUCACCUGAAGAUCCCGGAGCAAAUGCGCACCCGCAAUCUGACGGCCGGUACGCUCGCGGGUCCUGAAAAGAUUGUGGUCCCUCCGUAUAUCUUCUGCGAGGAGGGUGGCAAGAGCCUGAUCUCCCUGUUCUACCUGGGCUCGAAUAUCUGCGGUCACCCGGGCAUUGUGCACGGUGGUCUGUUGGCUACUCUGCUGGACGAAGCCAUGGGACGGUGCUGCUUCCCUGCUCUGCCGAACGGGGUGGGUGUGACGGCCAACCUGAGCAUCGACUAUCGUCGGCCCGCCAUGGCCGAGGCCUACGUCGUGCUGCGGGCCGAGACCGUGAAGGUCGAUGGUCGGAAGGCGUGGGUGGAGGGACGCAUCGAGACUCUGCCUGAGGAGGGCAAGGAGCCGGUUGUCCUGGUGGAAGCGAAGGCGCUGUUUGUCGAGCCCAAGCAGGCUGCGGCUAUGUCGAGUCUCUACAAAGUCACCAACUAG